GAACCGUUACACGCGUGACUGGCACAUAUUUCCAAGGCAUGCGAGUUGAUGAGAGUGAGUGGGGCAGCAGAGGAAGCCCCGCUGCGCCUCGUAUGGUUUUUUCUUCUUACGCUCACCUCGUUGGCUUGUACUGUUAUCACAACAUCAGAGCUCGCGGAAAGUUCACCUCCAAGUCUCUGUGUGCGCGGGCGUGUGUGCGCGCGUGUGGAUUCCAGCUUAUGUGUGCUCUGUCUGUCUAAUGGAGUGACCCCCCAGCGCGCUGUUUAAAGGGAAGACAAGAGCGCUGAGUCAACGAAUCACAAGGCGAUGGAUGCAACAGUUGAUGUGCGCGAGUAGCAGUUUUUCUUGCGUUUGGAGGCACGCGGGAGGAUGGUGGCUUUGAUCCGUGUGGAGGAAAGCUCGGAUGUUUUGUUGCGUUAAAAUCCCUCAUCUGUCAGAGAAUUAAACAAAGAUCUGCCAGCGGUGGCUUUUAAUUGCAGGCUGUCCACUCGCGCGCGUCUUUCUCGCCGAAAUGGACGUUUGGACAGAGACGCAUUUGGAGGCGCUUCGCGCUCCGCUGGAAUGAAGUUGAAGUGGGGCUUUCGGACGGUCUGCGGCGGAGAGUAGCACCAGCAGCAGCAGCAGCAGCAGCACCAGCAGCAGCGGUCCGCACCAACCAUGCAUCGGAUUCUGCAGAGGAGGCGAGUGCGCAAGCUGCGGGUCGUCUGGGCGUCCCUGGCCCUGGUGGCGCUGUCUAUGGCCGCGUGCAGCGCGCUGUUCACGGCGUGGACUUGGCGACAGACGCGGGACCUGUCUCAGUCCUUCAAGAUCCUGCAGGACCGCAUGGAGCAGGUCAAUACACAGAGGAAGGCCAUUGUUCAGCUCAUUCUGGAGAAGAGAGAGCUGCUGGUGGGACAGAGAGUGAAGAGAGACGGGGGGGCGCUGCGAGGGAGGAAUGGAAAUGGAAAGAAAGCGGCGUCUCAUUUCGAGAUAACCAAAGACUCCUCUCAGCAAGUGGGAGAGGCGGGUGUGAUAAAGGGUUGGGAGGAGAGGACGCUGAAUAUGAGUAAAGCGGUGAGGUACAACAAGGAACAAGGCACCUUCACCGUGGAGAAGGCGGGCGUCUACUUCCUGUUCUGCCAGGUGUUGUUCAACGAGCAGCAGUCUCAGUACGUGAAGCUGGACGUGGUGACCAGCGGCCAGAGGCCUCAGAAGCUGCAGUGCAUGGAGGGUUACGGGACGACCCCGUCCGCCGGGCCGCACCCGUUCCACUUCCUGAAGCCCUGCCAGGUGUCCGGCCUCCUGCGGCUGGACAAAGGCACGGAGCUGCAGGCCAUCACGGGCUCCUCCUUCAGACUCCACACUCUGGGCAACCCGUCGGCCUCGCCUCACAUCUUCAGCAUCUUUAAAGUCAACUGACGGCGCUCUCGUCUGAGAACAACAAAAUGAACUCAUGGAUGAGAUUCUUUGUUUUGGCGAAAACAGUCACGAGCAGUCGUGGGCAUCACUUUAGCCUUUGAAAGACGACCCUGACGUUCGUGGAAGUUGUUGUGGAAUUGUUUUUUUUUUUUGUGUGUCUUUUUUUUUUACUCGCGCUGCUGUUUCGGAACGCACAGACUUUUGGAUUAAAGCCAAGACCCAAAGUGGACAAAAACGCCUCGAUGAAUGUCUGCCGAGAGAACAGACGUGGUGGAAGCUGUGCUGUUGAUAAAGGGCUUCAUAUAUAAAAAAAACAAAAAAAAGAUGUUCAUCUUAGCCUUCGUAUCACGUAAUAAAAAUGUGCUUACACUCUCUUUAUUAAGACUGACAGUAAAGCUGUGCAUGCACCUUCCACUUUUAUAUCACCGGUGCCUCAAGAAGCUGAGAGCACGCCUGCAAGCGUCACAUCCCGACACGAGUGGUCUACGUGAUCCUAUACAAUGCAAUGUGUGCCUGAGUGUGAAGUCUUUAAACACUUUGUAUGUACUUCACACACAUUUUACUUUUGACAUUUUAAAUAACAUAGAUGUGAAUUUGUGCUCUUUUUUUUUUUUUUUUUUUUUUUUUUUUAAAGGUCAAAUUUGAUUGUGAGGUAUUUGUGUGUAUAGUAUUAAUGGCUUGACUUAUGGAGAGCAUGCAGGUUUGAAUAUAGCCACGUCUCUCUUUUCUGCCUUUGUUUGUUCGAUGGCACAAUAACCAUCGCCUCCGAGACAUAUUGAGAAUCAUCAGAAAACUAUUGAAUGGUAUUGGGAAAAGUCCAAAUCUAUAGUGUAAGUAAGAGCCGAUAUUAAAUAUUACACAGAUUUUGUAUUGAAAAAAGAAUUUCGGUCAGAAAAAGAAUACUACUGGUGUUAAGAAUAGUGUUAAUAUAAUAAGAGACCAAUGGACCAUGGAGAAGAUCAAACCUGCCAUCAUAGGCUUGGGAAAUUACUCUUUGAUGACCUCGCAGACAAUUGAUUUAGGAAGAUUCACCAAUAUCCAAUAUUCAUAUUAAGCAUCUGAUGUUUGUUCUGAAAGGUUUCUCGGUCACUUCUUUAUUUUUAGAAAAUGAAAUUCCUUCCAUUCUCUCAUACGCCGCUGCUGUCUGUAAUAUUCCCCCGCUACAAUACAAACAGUGUGUAUUUCUAGCAGUGGGUUCAGCACUCCCACUCUUGUUUAUAAGUAGUUUUUGUGGACGGACCGCACCGGUUCCUCCUCAGCACUUUACUGCAGCGAGCGUAGUGUUUUUAAUUGGAGCCAAACAGUCGUGUUUUCAAAUGGAACAAUGUAGACGUUAUAUCCUGUGUGAUUUCCUCAUUGUUUUCCUCUUCUUCCUUUUUGUGUGUCUCUCACCCCCCACCACACACACACACACACACACACACACAAACCCCAGCAGACAUCUAAAUUUUCACUUCCUGAAUCUGAACCUGAACCACAUAGCUGAAAGUCUUUGAGAAAAAACAUGCACGCACACACACACCGUCUCACACACUUCCCUGCCCCGAUUCCUAUUUUUCUAAAUUUCAAAGUUUUUGAUCACAUCGGAAAUUCUUGUGAAGUCUCGUGAAGAAGUUUUCUGUAAAAUUAUGAUUUAUGCAAUGCCUGGUUGAUUUUUUUUGUUUUCCAUGUCUUCUCAACUCACUCAUAACUGUUGAAUAAACUUUUUUUGUUGUUUUGGAGAAAUUCCUUCAAA